AUGUACCUCCUCGCCUUCCGCCUCAUCCGACGCAUCUUCUCCAAAUCCAAAAAAUCCAACAACAAUCAAGACCCCAACGGAAUCAACCUCGACUACCCACCACCACCCGCCUCCAACAUCCCCCGUCGCCCCCGUCUAAAGCACUACACGGAGCUCUUCCUACACAUCCUGCAAGCCGUCUUCGGUCUAACCACCAUCAUCCUCUACGGGAUCGACAUCCACCACGCACACGAAAAGUCCGAGUCGGCAGAUGCACGCUGGGUAUACGCCAUCGUGACGGGGAUGAUGGGGUGCGGGACGGCGCUAUUCUACCUGGUUAUGAUGCAUUGGGUGUUGAAGACGCGGACGCCGUUGGCGAUGCGGGAGAGGUGGAAUCUGCCGCUGUUUGUGUGGGAGGCGGUGUUGUGCGUGUUUUGGUUGACGCUGUUUGGCAUCUUUGGGAAGUUGUAUAUUGGGGAUUAUGAGGAUAGUAGUAAGGUGACGAGGAUGAGGCGUGCGGUUUGGGUGGAUUUGGUGGAUUUGGUGCUGUGGGUGGGGACGGCGUUGUGGAAGGGGAUGAGGUGGUGGAGGGGGCAGAGGGGGGUAUUUGGGGUUGAUGGCGUGGAGGAGAAGGAGGGGGUUUAG